AUGCAUAACCUUAGCGAGGAACAGAAAUCAUAUAUUUCUUCUAUUGGUCUGGGGCAUUUGUUGAAUAUGAAAUUGGAUGGGUGUGCAUCAAUUAUGGGGCAUUAUACCGUAAGGAAUUUUGAUUCAGAUAGGAUGGUGCUCAAUCUUCAUCAUGGUGAUAUACUAAUAAAUUGGGAGCUUAUUCACGAAUUGGUGGGUCUGCCUCUAGGGAAUGUUGCAAUAAAGUCGAUGGUUUAUAGACAAGUUACAGACGACGCGAUAACUGUUUGGAAGAAACAAUUCGAUGAUGAAGAUAAUAUUAGACCAAUGGCAGUUCAACAAGCUAUUAUGCAAACAACACGUGCAAAUUUACUUUUUAAAGUAAACAUCUUUUUUCUGCUUUGUAAUACACUAGGUCAGUCAAUGAGCAUGGGAACAUGUGACCUUUCCAUGUUAUCAAAAGUUACAAAAGACUUGGAUCUAAGUGACAUCGAUUGGUGUGGAUAUGUUUUUGAUUGCCUUAAGGACACAAAUAGUGCAUGGAAUCCAAACAACAAAAAAAGAUUCUAUAUUGGGCCAAUUAUAUUUCUUUUGCUACUAUAUGUAGAAAGUGUACGAUGCGAUUACGUAAAGAUUGUACGAGGCAGACCAGCAAUAUAUUUUUGGAAUGUUGAUAAACUGUGUGAGCGAGAAAGAGUCGAGUGUAGGACAAUAGGUUUGGGUAUGGGUGAAUUGCAAGAACCAUUUCAAGUCAUCAAUGAAUCAGCUGGUUCUGGUAAUGUAGUUCAAGAAAACGUUCAUGUACUAUCUUAUUAUAUUCAAUAA